AUGGCACUUGAAGCACUGAGAGGUAAUGUGGCACUUGACAAUUUACAGAUCAAGGAGAAUGCAUUAAGUGAACUGAAUGUACCUUUUAGAAUAAAAGUUGGUCAGAUAGAUAAACUUACUCUGAAGAUUCCUUGGAAGAAUCUCUAUGGCGAGGCAGUUGUUGCAACUCUGGAAGGCUUGUAUCUUCUUGUAGUUCCUGGAGCAAGCAUUAAAUAUGAUGCAGAGAAGGAAGAAAAAUACUUGCAGGAUAAUAAACAAAAGGAACUGGCAAGAAUUGAGGAAGCCUUGCAGAAAGCAGCAGAAAAAGGCACCCAUUCACGAGAGUCCUUGUAUGGGUUGGAGAGUCUGAUUUACAAGGACGCCAAGCCUGGACGUAAGCGUAAAAAGUAUAAAAAACAUUUUAAGAGACCCUUUAAAGGUCAUGAUCACUCAAAAG